UCACCCGAACUCACAUAACGCCGCGGUGCAUGGGUCAUCGCUUUGCAAACAAACCAAAUCAAACCAUUUCCAACCUGAUCAGGAUGAUAGAAUGAGCAAAUAUCGAAAGGUUUUUUUUCCCCGUGCACUACAACAACCAACAUCGCCUCUAAUGAAAGCGAGGCAGUGUAAACACAACUCCAGGAACAUGAAAAGAUCGGAUGACAGUGAGAGAGAGAAGGGAAGAAAGAGGCGUAGGCUACAACAGGAGUUGGGAGGCCGGAAGAUCCCCUUUCUGGGACCGUCUGCUCGAGGUUUUCAGCAGUUGUGGGAUUCCAGUUACUCCGGCUUAGCCUUGAGGAAGUCAUGUUCACUUCCUGCUGAGCUCCACAGCCGGGUUCAGGCAGCUCUGCUCACCCUCAGAAGGAAAGGCUGCCUCCUGAAGGAUCUGGUUCGCAUUCGCGAUCGUGAUGUUUUCACCGCUGUGUCGCGGGCGCUGGUCGGGGAGCCAGGCCACACCUACCGCUAUCUGGACACGCGGCUCUUUGCCAUUCCUUGGCACAGUGAGGACACCGAGGUCAAAAGGCAAAACUGUUGUGAUCCCGAUUUGAGGGACGCUUGCAAAGCAUUGUGGGAGCUUAAUACAUUCCUUUGUUCUGAUGUGUCUCAAAUGAAGGAGGGAGACCGGCUAGCACAAUGUAUGAAGGUGGAGGGAGAAACAAACCAAGUGGAAGAGGGUGAGACAGAGUCUAAACACAGUGAAGACUCCAAGAAUAGUGAAGGAGGGGACUCAGAGUCCAGACAAAGUGAGGAGGGGGACACCGAGUCAAAACACAGCGAGGAGUGGGACAUUGAGUCUAAGCACAGUGAAGAAGGAGGCUCUGGGUCAAAAAAAGACGAGGGCUGGGAGCCUGAGGAGGGCGAGUCCUCCCAAGUCAAACCCAGUGAAGCUAGUAUUCCAGGAGUUUCAGGUCACAGUGAAGGAAAAUGUACCGGCUGGACAACCAAGGCCUUCAGCGGGACAAAGGCUGAACCUGUUGGACUACAGGCCCAGGAGAAGACUGUGGCUCAACUAAAGCACAGUUUGUCAGAUGAUCACAUUCAGGACAAAGGAAUGAGCUGCUCCCAGCCCAGUUCCCCACAGGAGUGCACCGGCCCAGUCAAGUUCAACGUCACCCUACUGAACUACAUGGACCCAGCACAGAUGAGCCAUCUCAAAGAGGAACCCUACUACGGCAUGGGGAAAAUGGCCGUCGGGUGGCACCAUGACGAGAACCUGAUCACUCAUUCGCCAGUAGCGGUAUACAACUAUAGUUGCCAGGAUGAUAAAGGUGAGUGCAGCGAAGGUGGCAGCGGUGAGAAGUCGUGUUGGAGGAUCGGCCUGAAAGUGGCCUGGGACAUCCACACACCUGGCCUGAUGCUGCCCCUCGAGUCUGGAGACUGCUACUACAUGAGAGAUGACCUGAACAGCACCCACCAGCACUGUGUCCUUGCUGGAGAAACGCCACGCUUCAGCUCGACUCACAGAGUGGCCGAGUGUUCUAAGGGGACCCUGACCUACAUCCAGUCCCGGUGCCAGGAGGCCCUGUCCAACCUGCAUUCUGACCCCGAGACGGGCUCCCACAGCCUGGUGACCCUGCAGCUGACAGCGUUACAGCACUGUGAGGAGAUUCACAAUGAGGUGGAGUUUGAAUGGCUGCGACAGUAUUGGUUUCAGGGCCAGCGUUACGCCCGCUUCUGCAGCUGGUGGUCCCGACCGAUGGAGCAGCUGGAGAAGGAUUGGAAGCUCAUGGAGACCAUGACCAUGCUUUUCCUGGCUACAGUGGAGGAGGAAGGCCAAGAGGAGGAAGGAAGGAGAGAGAUGGCAGAAACGCUGCUGUCUGCUCUGACAGACAGGCACCAGCAGAGGCAGACAUGGAGAGACAGGUGCCACUCAAGUCUGGCCCAGACGUUACCCCCUGAGGAGGCCCCAGUGGACCGACCCUUCUGGGGUGUGGAUGACCCUGGCAUGCCUCUGCCCUUUGAUCUGGCUGAAAUCAUCAGCAGAGUGGAGUCACUGCUGUGGAGGUGA